GUGAGGUCUGAGUUGCUGCUUAUUUUAACAGCUCCUGGGGUGACUUUAGUUGUGUAGCCAGCUGAAGCACCAUUGCUCUAUGACGUGGGAGAAGCUGUCUGAGUCACCUGUUAUUGUUGACAUCACAAGCAGUUCAUUUUGCUUCCAGAUCCUUGGAGCCCAGUCUUUAGAAAAAAAUGAAUGCUUGGCACUGUUCUUUUAUCUCAUUUCCACCUCUUAAACCACCCUCCUUAGGAUUCACUAUUUUAUGUAGGAAAGCAGUUUCCCCCUGCUUUCUUGACAUAAUUUGCUGCAGUAUAUUGCUCAGAGCGAAGGCCAGAACGUUCUAUACCUUAUGCAUUUGCUAGUUAAAAUCUGGGGCUUGGGGGUAGAAUUUGUGGAAUUUUGCGUUCUGUUGCUUGGCAACUUUGAGAGAGUUAAGCCUAUACGUUCUGUGAGCAUCAGAGUUACAAAGUUUGGUGAGCCCAGUCAAUUAUUUCUUGAUACUAAAAAGAAAUUAGUUCUCCAUUAUGUAGAGGGCGUGAAAAGUUGUCAUUCAGAGCAGGGCAUCCGUAGCGAUGUCACACUUCUUCUACUUGACUCCACAAAUUAUUCUGCCCUUCAGCCCUCUCACCUCUCAAGAGUUCGAUCUGAUCAGACGCAAGGCUGGCAUAUCUUGGCAGAAUGAAGCCAGGUGGUCACAUUCCUCUGUGACGACAUAUGCAGGCAGUUACCGGAGAAAACAACUGGAUGAGUCCACGCGCAGCCGAUUUUCUCUUAAAGCAGGACAGCAUUGGCCUGAGUGUAACCAGGUGUCAUCACCUAAUGGCUCUGCCUUCAGUCCCACACUCUGCACGGCUGGUUCCCCAGAGUCUACAGAUGCUAAGGGACUAUUACCUCAUAUGACCAGUUCUUUCAAAAAUUCACAUGAUGUCAAGCACAGUGUGGCACAUCAAAGUCCUCUUGCACGUAGGAACGUUACACAGCACGUCAGCAUGACACUGGGGGCCAUUUCAAAAAGUGAUACCACUCACAAAAUGCAGAAAAAUGCAGAAAACGUGGCACUAAACAGGCCACAAGAAGGACACUUGUGUAAAGUACGAGAGCUGAAACAAGAAGGCAAAGUGACCUCCGGUUUGACCUCGACUGGAAACGUGCACAUCAGGCACACCAAAUUCUGUGUGGUGAUUUUUCUCCAGCACCUCCAAAUUAUGAAAAAUCUGGAGAGGAUGGCAGGAUGCAGAAAUAAAAGGAGGGGGAAAUCCCAGAGAAACAUUUCCCAGCAGCACCUCUGAAAAAGACUAUACAUGUGAGAAGGUUGUGGUGGUAACAGAUGUUGGGUGGGACUGGGAAACUAGUAUGUAUGCGAGUGUUUGAAGUUAUUGAUUAAAAGCGAUUUUGGAAUACUAGUAAAUUUCAUUUACUCAUAUUACGAUAGACUCUACCACAAGCACUUACACACUGCCUGUCUCUUUUACACUAGGUAUGAGAAUUAAAAAGCCAGCAUCUAAGAAUCUGAUGAGCUACAAUCGACUAAAGAAAGACUUUCUGAAGCAUCUUCAGGAACCGUGUAAUUCGGCCAGCAAGGUUGGCUCGUCUGAAGACUCAGAAAGUGAUCAGUACUCCGUUUAUAGCCUGGGAGGAUCGUUCUCGUCACUGAGCUGAGUCGGAAAACCCAGUCCCAGAGCUGGAGGCCUGCAGCUUCGUUUAGUUAAAGACUUUGAGCUCUGACCAGUGUGAGCAACAUUUGCAUCUCCUCUUUUAUAGAUCCAGCGAUCAAGAAAGAAUUUAUCAAUAGAUCUGCUACCUCAUAAAGAAGAGGUCUUGGUUGAUGACUUGAGUCCAUUCAGAGCUUGGACAGGGGAAGAUUGUGCACCUUAGUCCCCACAGUCACCGCACUUUACUUACCCCAGGGACUGCUUUUUGGAUACCUGCUUUGUUAUUUACCGGUAGUUAUUUGCAAAAUAAACCUCAUUUUGUGUAGGACUUCUCUGUUUUGAGACAGUGGUGUAAGUAAGAAUGUUGGCUGGGGUCUCUUGAAUAUUUGUGGUUGGUGGCUCCUUAGAAUGGAGUCCAAAUCCCCAAGGGCAUUAUUUUGUCCUGUGAUUUUGCUCACAGGGCGCAAAGGAUUCCAGUUCUACGUUGUCUAUCUUCUGGAAGCGGGAUGCAGUCACUCAGCUGCUGUCCUCUUCCUUCCCCCCUCCCCUUUUGUACGUGAAGAGCUCCUCUUGGGUCUCCUUCCUCUCCAAGGACCGAAAACACUGGGGUGACCUGAGUUCUGUUUCAGCAACUAAUGGGAUGUGUCCUCUUCUUCAAAUAGUUCACAAGCCCCACAUGAUCUUUGGCAGGUGGGGGUUCUAAUAUGAUUAAUCUGUGGGGAAGGAGGUAUAUGUGCUCAUCAGACCUUGAGAUUUCUUCCUGUGCCCGUCUGUGACCAGCACUGGGGCUCUGUUAAAUUGUCAGGGACUUUUUGGUGGCCAAAAAAGAGAGCCAAUCAGCCAUAGACACAUUAUAGAAAACAUGGCCUUGAGUCUUAAAGUAUAUUUAUUUAACAUGACAGUAGGAAAUGUAUGAUUUCAGAUUAAAUUCAAGUAGGGGGCCACAAUACUGGCUUGGAGCUGCCCACGUGCACAUGCAGCAUUCUACGUAAGCGAAGAUGUUGGAGGCUGUGGUCUGUUCCGUCACAGAUGGCUCCGAUCCCAAUCAUUCCUCAGUCACUGGAAGCCCACUAGUGGAAGACGAUUAUGAAACUGAUGAUUAUUUUCUUUGUAUUUCUGGCUUUUCUCAACCACAGGGAAAAUGUGAGGUAGGUGUGGGAUCUAAGAAAAAAAAAUAUGUGUACAAAAUGAGAAGCCACCCCGGCCUAUAGUGCUAGCAAAAGGCAAAGAAGUCUGACUUAUUUUAAUAUUUUCAGUAAAUAUCAGCUGCCUGCAAACACAACUGAUAUUGAAUAAACUGAGAGAACUUGAUUCAAUUCCCUAAAAAUAGCUUUUGGACGAAAAACUGAAGGCGAAAAUAGUGUCUGAUUAGUAACCGGUCAUUUUCAAAGUGGCUUCUCCUACAUUAUCUCAUUUUUAUGAAAAGUAAAUUUGACCUUUUUAAAUGCUAGAGUGAAGCAGUUCAUAAUUUCUUACAAGGAGCAAAGGACAUUACAUUUGUAAGCAUGCAAGCCGUGAACUGGAUAGAACAUUUUCUUUUGCUGCUUAUAUUUUUUAUCAACCAUCGAUUCAUAAGGAAGAUCUCUAAUGAACAGAACUUUAAAAUGGAUUUCAAAAAAUUAUUGUUUCAACUUAGUGUGUGUUUCAUCUUUUUUUUUUUUUUGUCUCAGUUUCUUUCUCUGGUACCUUCCUUUGAAUGGUGAACUAUUACUUGCAUUUGGAUAGAUUAUUAUUUAGCUUGCAAAAUAGACUAUUUCCCCCCCAUUAAAAUCUCAUACUUGCCAAACUUCGUUAGGAGAAAUGGAAUUAUUCAUCUGCUUCCCCCCUGCCCUUUGGCUAUGGGGUCAGUAAAAUGAUGUUAAGCACGAGAGGGUAAGGCUGGUGAACACUUUUAAAUGUCACUACGUAAUUUCAGGAAGGAGCCGGCCUGCAACUGUACUGAAUGAUGGAUAUGCUUUCAGCCUUAAUGUCUAUUAAUGACUCACAAAAUGACAGUUUGCAUUAUCACCAUCGCUGUUCAAAACUUGCAUUUUGCUAUAGCUGUAACUAGAAGGGGACAUUUCCUGAACUUAUUUAAAAUAUGCUGAAAAGUUAAAAUGGGAACAAAACAAGACAAAUAAAACCCUGCGACUAAUAAGUAGUCAAGGAUGGCAACCAAGGAGAGAAAAAAAAAAAAAAGAAAA